CAAAAGUCGAGGUCGUCGUCUUUCCCUCGCCUCUCUCUCUCUCUCUCUCUCUCUCUCUCUCUCUCUCUCUCUCUCGAAACCCACGUGAAGCCUGAGCGCCGAGGCCUCCCCUCCGUCCACCGAUCCCGCCGCUCCCCUCCAUCCGCAUUCCUGGCCACGAGCCGUGAAAUCGGGAUCCGCUGCGGCCGCUGAUCCCGACGACGAGCCCGGAUUCGCCCGCCGGCCCCAUGGGUCCCGUCUUCUCCGGCCGCAUUUGGAUUAUCGUGUUGUGAUGGUGCUUAAGUGUCAGAGGAGGGGAAAGGGGGCACCUUAUAUUUGGCGUUGGCGGUUUUAUUAGUGUUUGUGGAGACAAGCGCAAAGGGAGUAAUUUUGUUUUUAAUGGACGAUGGAGAUUUUUGAUGCGCUAGUAGAGAGUCCAGGAACUCCGAUUGAUACUUUUGGAUUGGUGGCGUUAGAGUCUACGAGGUGGUUCAUCUGAAAAAAAAAACAAGUCCAGCUGUGGUUUUGUAUGUGACGCGUCCCAUCGCCGUGGUCACCGUUUUUCACUUCUUGAUGUGAUAUGAGCUGAGACGGCAAAGUUUGACUAAAUAUUGCUGACAUAUAGCCGUCGCGCGCUCUUCUUCCUGGGUGGAGCGUCCAUGAGGUGGAAGCAGCAGCGUCCCUAGUGCCAGGGUCUGUCGGCUGAGUGCGGGGGAGAAUGAAAGGAGUGUCCGAAGGCCUGAUCAUCGGGACCACGGUCGGGGUGGUCAUAGGCGUGCUGCUGGCUCUCGGGACGCUGCUGUGCCUGAGGCGGCGUCGGCGUUCCCAGACGCAGAUAAGGAGCAGCAGCUCGAGGAGGGCGUCGACUGUCCCCAUCCGCACCAAUGGCGUUAACGCCUGCGCCAUGCUCUCGAACUCGACCACGGGGCAGGAGUCUCCGACUCCGCGGGAGCUCGAAGAGCGUGGGAGUUCUCUGUGGAUCCAAGGGCCAGGUAGAAAGAGCGUGAUCUCUGCUUCUGGGGUACCCAGAUAUGCGUACAAGGAGCUACAGAAAGCUACAAGCAAUUUCACAACAUUGUUAGGCCAAGGAGCCUUCGGCCCUGUCUACAAAGCAGACAUGUCUUCUGGCGAGGUACUGGCUGUCAAAGUGCUGUCGAACAAUUCCAGGCAAGGUGAAAAGGAGUUCCAAAACGAGGUCUUACUCCUUGGGCGACUGCACCACAGGAACCUGGUGAAUUUGGUCGGCUACUGCGCCGACAAAGGGCAGCAUAUGCUACUGUACGCGUACAUGCCGAACGGGAGCCUUGCGUCACACUUAUACGGCGAAGACAGUGCGCCACUAAAGUGGGACUUGAGAGUAAGCAUCGCUCUGGAUGUCGCUCGGGGUCUGGAGUACCUGCACGACGGGGCUGUUCCUCCGGUAGUCCACCGCGACAUCAAAUCCCCCAACAUUCUGCUGGACCAGGCGAUGCAUGCUAGGGUCGCCGACUUCGGGUUGUCGAGAGAGGAGAUGGUCACUCGCGGCGACGGCGCCGCCAACAACAUACGGGGAACCUACGGGUACCUCGACCCGGAGUACGUGUCCACGCGGUCGUUCACCAAGAAGAGCGACGUGUACAGCUACGGCGUCCUGCUGUUCGAGCUGAUCGCCGGCAGGAACCCACAGCAGGGCCUCAUGGAGUACGCCGAGCUCGCCGCCAUCAACGCCGACGACGGGAGGAGGACCGGGUGGGAGGAGAUCGCGGACGCGCGGCUAGGAGGCGCGUUCGACGCGGACGAGCUCAACGACGUCGCCGCCGUGGCCUACCGCUGCGUCAGCCGCGCGUCCCGCAAGCGCCCCGCGAUGCGGGACGUCGUGCAGGCCCUGGCCCGCGUGGCGAGGCGCGGCCGCGGCCGCGGCAGGAAGCAGCAGCACCACCCGCCGCAGGCCAGCAGUGCCGCCGCGGGCGACGAGUCCGCCGUCGACCUGGAGGCGGAGGAGGGGUCCGAGGCAGGCCGGUCGUCGUUCUCUGGCCUUCUUCAGAGAGAGGAGUCGGUCGGCAGCGUCUCUGAUCUACCAGAUGUCUGAGCCUGACGGAUUCUUUUGUUUUUGUUGCCUAGAGAUGCAGUUUUGAGCAGUGAGGGUGGGUGUAACUUGUGGUGGUGCCUAGUCAAUUGUAAGUGUGUUGUAUAGAGUGCAUUGUGAGUUGUGACUACUUUUGUUGAUAUACACAAGCUGAUUGUUACCAUGUCA